AUGGUUGACAAAGAGCCUAUGUUCUUUGAUUUUGAUGCAGCAGGAGUUCUCUUCCCUACGAUCUACUUCACCUGGAUAGCACCUACCGUAUUUCCAAUGCUUAUCGUGCAUGAAAAUGUUCUUCAUUAUCUGGAGAAUGGAGCAGAUCUUAUGUUGCAAGGUAUACAUCUCAAUCUUAUUCCUUCUGGUACAUUUUUAUGUAAAAUUGUGGAAGGAGUUCUACAGAAGGAGCUAAUACCUCUUUACGAGCUAAAUCGCGGUGAUGCCGUGACAAUCUCUGUCCUCACUAACGGUAAAGUGAUGGGACCGAUGGCGGUGGGUGUAACCCUUAUGUCUUCGCAGGAAAUGGUAGCGAACAGGGAAUUUGGAUCUCGCGCUGCUCCUCCUGUGCAUGAACUUGUCAAUGUCUUCAACAAGUCGGAAGCAAAGCCUGAGACAUCUCAAGCAGAGGAGUUUCCACCUCUUGGCUCGCUAUCUGUUUGUGGAGCAGUCCAAUCAGAAGCUGUACUGCUUGGUAGUGUUUAUGCGUUAUAG